AUGGCUGAACAAGAUGGCUUCCUCCACCUCAGCCGUCCUCUCGGUCCCGCCGCAGUCGGCGCACAACCCACAACAGCGCCUCUUCGAGUCGUGAUCCAACCGCAAGCUCUCUUCUCGAUCCUCGACCACUGCCUUCGCCGUCCUCCAGACCAACAACGAGUCAUCGGCACAUUACUAGGCACGCGCUCCGACGCAGAUGAAUCCCAGGUGGUAGUGCACUCGUCCUUUGCCGUCCCACACACCGAAACCACCGACCAAGUCGAGGUGGACAUGGAAUAUCAAAAGGCCAUGCUCGCCUUGCACCUGCGCGCAAACCCCAAGGAAGUGCUGGUCGGAUGGUACGCGACGAGUUCGGAGCUGAACACCUUUUCCGCCUUGAUCCAGAAUCACUACAGCAGCCAAGGGGAGGGCACGUUUCCGUAUCCAGCCGUGCAUGUUACGGUUUCGAGCCAGCCGGGCCAGGACGUCGAGGUCAGGACGUAUAUUUCGUCCCCCGUGGGCGUCAGUCCUGAACGGGCGGCCGACUCCGCGGCGUUCAUUCCGAUUCCUUACAUGGUGAACUACGGCGAGGCCGACCGCGCCGGCUUACAGGCCGUGGAGACGGCGAAGGAUAGUGAGAGCAGGACGGCGACGAUACUUACAGAUAUCGAGAACCUCGAGAAGUCACUUGAGGACACGCUGGGCAUGCUGGAUCGAGUGGCCAAGUACGUGGAGAAUGUCAUUGAGGAGGAAGCGGAGCCGUCUACUGCGUUGGGACAAUUCCUGCUCAACACGCUGGCUUUGGCGCCAAAGGUCGAACCGGCCGAAAUUGAGAAGGACUUUAACAACCAUAUUCAGGAUGUACUAACCGUCUCAUACCUCGCCAAUAUGAUCCGAACACAGAUGGAUUUGUCGAACAGAUUAGCGACCGCACAACUGACCAUGGGUGGCGGAGAAGGUGGACAACAGGGUGACAACAAGGAAGGGCGAGGCGACCGGAGACAGAAUAGACAAGGUGGACAGCAGAGACAGAACAGAGCCGAGAGUUUCUCGAUGGCCUAG